AUGCGGAGUAGAGAGCCUAAAGCUCGUCCGGCGUUGGGAUCCCAGAACUCUACACCAGUGGCCAUCCCAGAACAAAUACCCACGCCAUUGACCCUCCCAACGGAGGUUGCGCUGGAGGACCCGACGUCUGAGACGCCUCCGGCUCGGGUUGACCCAUCGACCAACACGAAAGAAUACCAGCAGCGCGCCGCGGCCACACCGAGGCUACCGAGGAAAAGCGUUGCCACGACACACGGCACCAUUCACCCGAGGCCACUCUCCCCGACCAAGAGUUCCGCCUCUAGCUCGCCAGAGGCUCAAGUCAACCAACAUGGCGAACAGACUUACAGAGAAAAGGCUUCCCGUGGUUUGAGCACGGCCGCAGGGAGGGCAUACGAGCCUACACGGGUAGGGAUAGCGGUAGCAAGGAAAGCACACAUGCACGUUAGAGGAGGCCUUGAGGGCCUGCGCGAUGCGGACCGAGGACAACAACGGGCGAUCUGGGGUGUCGCUAGCGGAGGAGACCCCAGUGCGCCUGGACCCGUGGUGAUGCUUCCCCUAGAGUUAGGCCAGGAUUGGCGGAACGAUGCAUCCAAUCGAACCGUGAGGCGGUUUCUAAAGGUUACCGACUUUACGGAGGGGUCCCACGAGGUUGGUGACAGAAACACCGUCGCGUCAGUUUCGCAGUCCAAGCACACCACGUCGCCAGUACAUGUUCAGGGGGACGUGGACAACGGUUUAGUUGAUCCCAUACUCAUGGAUCACCGCUUUAGCAGAGACGAAUCGGAGGGGCGGGGGCAGGGGCGCACGGGACGUUUGGAUCCCUUAUGGGAGGGUCUUGGGUCGUUGGGCGAGCGAUUGGCUGACGUGGGCGGCCGUCUCGACCAGCUCGAUCAGGAAAUAUGCCACGAUCGAGAGGUGAUCGAAGGCUAUCAGAGAGAAGCCCAGGAAGAAGCGGAACUUGCCGCGAGAGACCUCUUGGACAUCCGGACACAUAGAUCGUUGCCCCCCACCCGUUCUCCAGGCUCCAUACCUCAGGUGAAACCGACUGAGACAUGUUUCGUAGGUUACGGCUGCGGGGUUGGAUGCAACGCAUGCGCGAACUUCGGCCGGACAAUCAAUAGGUCGUGA